CCACCGCAAACAUCGACGCACAGAACAAAGUACCACACUUGUGCUCACCUCAAAGCCUCUACAACACCAAGCAAAUCCACAAAACGCCUCCAAAAUAAACACUCCCCUAUCAAACCGCAGCAUGUCCAGCAUCACCACAGCAGCCCUCUCGCGCACCCAAUCCUACGCAUACCCCUUCACAUACCCCUUGACCAGAAUGUUCAACGGCGCCACUACAUCAUCAUCACCUCCACCAACCUCUUCUCCAAGCAACUCUCUCAUCCCCGCAAAACUCAUCCGUCGAUCCCGAGACCCACAAUACAAAACCUUCAACUCCACAUACAUCAACAUCGAAAUGUCAGAUCUUACCCACACCCGUUUCGACAAUCAACCUCUUCCCACCUCCACCGAUGCUGAUUACUAUGGAGACGACGAAGACAACAGCGCUGAUAUGGAGAUUAUACGCCGGGAUACGGAGGAGAAGUGGAAGGGUGGCCAGAGUAGGAGUGGGAGCGCGAGUGCGAGUGGGAGCGUGAUGGGUGGGGUUAAGAGGACGGUUGUGAAGAUGGGGGUUAGUGUGAAGAAUGGGUUUAGGGGGAUGGUCAGGAAGUUUACUUUUUGA